GGUGCUCGGUAUAAGAAGGACAAGCCCCUGUCAGAGAGUUACAGUUGUUCAUUGCUAAACAAGAUACUGCACCACAACAUCAUAGAGCCUAUCAUCCCUUCAGCAGCAGUCAUGAAGGUUGCAUCUUUCAACAUCCAGAAAUUUGGGAAUCGUAAGCUAUCAAACCCAAACACACUUGCUACCCUUGUGAAGAUUGUUUCUCGCUAUGACAUCAUAGUGAUUCUGGAGGUGGUGGAUGCGAGAGGUACUUCAGUGAAAAAGUUCCUGGAGGAAUUAAAUAAGGCCAAUAAGAAGCAAAAAUACACUCUGCAAAUCAGCACUCGUCUGGGAAGAGACAAAUACAAGGAGCAGUUUAUGUUUCUGUACAGGGCUGAUUUGGUGGACUUGGUUGGCUCCUGGCAAUAUGAGGACAACCAGGCUGGAGAUGUGGACGCCAUCGCCAGGGAGCCUUACAUUCUCCGCUUCAAAUGUCUCAACACUGUGCUAGAGGACUUGGUACUGAUUCCAGUGCACACCAAGCCUGAUGACUCAGUGAAGGAGCUAGAUGAGCUUUAUGAUGUCUUCCUGGAAGUGACAAAGAAAUGGAAGACUGAUAACGUUAUGAUCCUAGGUGACUUCAAUGCAGACGGUUCCUACCUUUCUAAAAAGGGCAUGAAAGCUAUCCGUAUCCGCAGUGACGAAAAAUUCCACUGGCUGAUUAAAGAUGACGUGGAUACCACAGCAAACACAGGCAACGAUAACACUUAUGACAGGAUUGUGAUCUACGGGGAUGACAUGGUUGACGCCAUCGUGCCAAACUCUGCCAAACCAUUCAACUUCCAGAUUGCAUAUGGGCUUUCUGAAGAAGAUGCCCUGAAGGUGAGCGACCAUUACCCUGUGGAGGUAGAGCUGAAACGAAAAACACCAACAGAACAGAGCUCUGCGACUGGGAAAUAGAACCCUGUAACAUGGACAGGAGGACAGAGGAAGUGAGUGAAGAGGUGAUGGAGCUGGAGAAGAAGCCUUAUCCAACCAGAGAAGCUGAAUUUAGAGAUACUGGUGCUGAAGAUUCGGAUGGUCAAGCUUAGGAAAAGUUACAUUGAUCUGUGAUUAAAUCUGACCAAAAUACUAGUCAUAUUAGUACUGUAUAUCAUACAUACACUGAUGUGUAUCUUGACAGAAUCUCAAAUAAAGAUGAUGGAGGGAAAAUCC